UGCAGGGUCUUGAUUAGAAACAUCUCCCUUGCUACCCUCCACCCCUGAGCUGUUCUCUCCAACCUCUAUGCCCUCUUCUAGCUCCCAAGAUAUCCUGCCCUUUCACUGUGAGCCCUUUUAUCACAAGGGAAGGCUGGCAGAAGUGGCCCCUGAGAACAAAUUAUAGAUUUACUGCAGAGAAGCCUUAAGUGAACAAGAUGGAGCAGCCCACUGGGGCAUUAUUAUCAUUAUUAUUAUUAUUAUUAUUAUUACUAUUAUUAUUUAUAGAUUUACUGUAGAGCAACCUUAAGUGAACAAGAUGGAGCAGCUCACUGAGGCAUUAUUAUUAUUAAUAUUAUUAUUAUUUAUAGCUUUACUGUAGAGCAACUUUAAAUGAACAAGAUGGAGCAGCCCAUUGAGGCAUCAUCAUCAUUAUUAUUAUUAGAGAAUUCCUGAAUGUUGGUUUGAUCAAAACUGGAGCAGAAACUAAAAGAGCUACAAGAAACUUUCCUUUCCAUCCCCUUAGGGAAAAAUGCUCUGCACUCCCCAAGGCAUCUCACCACUAACUUCCAGCCUUUUUGUUUUUUUAUUUUUUUUUUUACUUUUUUUUUGGUUUUGAUUUUUGUUUUUCAAGACAGGGUUUCUCUGUGUACUCCUGGUUGUCCUAGAACUCACUCUAUAGACCAGUCUGGCCUCGAACUUAGAGAACCACCUUGCUUCCCAAGUGCUGGGAUUAAAGGCGUGCACCACCACUACCCGACUUUUAAAGGUAUAUUUAUUUAUUUUGUGUGUAUAAGAGUGCUCCAUCUGCAUGUAUGUCUGUACACCAGGAGAGGGCAUCAGAUCUCACUACAGAUGGUUGUGAGCCACCAUGUGGUUGCUGGGAAUUGAACUGAGGACCUCUGAAAGAGCAGCCAGUAUUCUUAACCUCUGAGCCAUCUCUCCAGGCCUAACUCCCAAUCUUUUUCCAGUAACUCACUAACAAAUUCACCUGACUCUGCAGUACCCUAACUGUCAGAUAAAUGGCAAAGAUAUAUUGUGAUGGGAGGCAUGAAUGGAAAUGGUAUAACCUAGCAAAACUUAACAAAGACAUCAAAUUUUAUAUACCUCAUACAGGCAAGACAGCCAAAAAAGAAACUCCCGAAAGUCAGGGUUAGGGCAGGGUUUUGUUUUUGUCUUUGCAGGAGAAUAAAAGUACCCAACUAAGGAAUCUGGAGACUAUUGGGAAAGUGAAACAUCUGAAGAAAAAGGACAGAUAAUCAAAAACAAAUGUCCCAAGAAAAAGAGUAAAUUGGCCAAGUGGUAUUGCCCACCUCCAGUUGACUGACCUGAAAUCCCAGCUCAAAGCCCCCAACUAGCAUGGCCCCCAUGCCACCAUCUUUGACUGCUCCUUCCCACCAGACAACCACCAAUGUUCUCCACAAACACUGGUCACCUUUGAGUUGACUGCUGUGUUCUACCAAGUUAGGAUUGCCACUAAGCUCAAAAACACCACCUAAAGAUCAGCUUCAGACUGCUCAGGACACUCAGAUUGUUGACUUAAUAUGAGACUGACAUGUACAUUUUACAGAACUUUGAACUCAAAAAUACUUAAUCCUAAGACUGCCAAAUACAAGCACACUGGACAUUGUGGAAAGCUUUGCAGAAAGAGCUUCAUUAUUGUAAAUAGUUUUACUGUGCUAAAACCUUUCCCUUUAUUUCAGACAAAAAGAAAGAAAUGUUGCAGGAUAUUUGAUCACACUAUGAACCCUGAGAUUGUGUUAUAUACUGGAAAAACUUGUUUCUAGUUGUGGUGUGUCUCAGCCCUAGCACACACCUUUAAUCUAAGAGCUUUCUGCUUGAAUAUUGUAAACAGCAUUAAAUAAAGUCAACCAGAGAUCAAGAAACUGAGCAAGCAACAAGUUGACAGGAAAAAAAACAUAGAAAGUAAGAGAUUCAGGAGGAUGGACAGAGAGAUGCACAGGAAGUAGAAGGGAGGGACAUUGAGUCUGAGGAAUCUUGUUUGAGAUGGAGCAGGAGAAAGGUCCUUUUUCUGGGAUGUCAGUGGAGGAGGAAAGACAGCUGGGUGCUUUCUCUGCCUCUCUGAGCUAGCAGGCUUUCACCCCAACAUCUGGCUCCUGAGUCUUCAUAAAAAUCAAACGAUUUUGUUAAAAAUUCAUUGUUCCGUGAUUGUGUAACAUUUCCAGCUGCUGGCCUUCUCCCUCUUCCUCCUGGUUUCCUUAUGCUUUUGCUGGGCAAUGUCUUUGCCAUGCUCCUUGUGACCCUGAAUGGAAGCCUUCAGACUUCCAUGUACUUUUUCAUCCGAAAUCUCUCUUUGGUUAAGCUCUGGUACACCAUGUUCACUAUGUCCAUCCAACUUUCUAAAUUUUGAAGGACCAACUUUCUAAAUUUCCCAGCUGUAUCACCCAGUAUUGUUUCUUCUCCUCUGGCUGCCAUUAGUUAUUCAACCUCACCACCGUGGCUUUUUUUAAGCUAUAUUUUAUUAUUUUAUGUGUAUGUGUAUGGACCUGAGUGCAUGCAUGUGCACCAAACACACGCAAGUGUCCACAGAGGCAAGAAAAGGGCAUCAGAGUCUCUAGAAACAGAGUUACAGACAGUUGUGAGCUGCCGUUUGCUGCUGUAAAUUGAACCUGGGUUGUCUGCAAGAACAGCCAAUGCUCUUAACCACUGAGCCAUCUCUCCAGCCCCAACCACCACUGCUUUUGACUGCUGUGGUGCCAUUUGUUGAAUAUUCCAUUAUCCAUUAUUUUUCAGUUCCCUAGCAUGUACCACUCUGGUUAGGAUCUGAUGGUCUGUGGGUUUCCUAUGUCUCACAUUCCCAUCCUUCCUCCUUGCACAGACCUUCUGCAUACCAAACUAAAUCAGCCAUUUCUUCUGUGAUGCUGACCAGACCUUUGACUUUCCUACACACAAGUGCCAUCUAGGUGAUGAGCUAUAUUCCGAGCAGCAUUAUUAGCCUAGAAUUCUUGGGCUUCACUGUGGUUUCCUACUUGCAAAUCCUGGCUGCAAUCCUAGCAAUGGCAGGAACUGCCUCACAUAAAACCAUGUCCACCUUUAGCUGCAGCUGCCUUAUCUCCUUCUCCUUUACUGUUCCUCCUUCUACUUACUUCUUGUUUUCCUUCUACUGGCCUCAUACUAAUUCCUGUCUGUGUUGGUUUGAAUGAGAAUGGCCCUCUGUAGGCUCAUAUAUUUGAAAGCUUGGUCUCUAGUUGAUGGAACAGUUUUAGUAAGAUUAGAAGGUGCCAUGGCCUUGUUGGAGGAGGUGUCUCAUUGGGGGAUGAGAUUUCAAAAGCCCACACCAAUCUCUCUCUGUCUCUGUCUCUGUCUCUGUCUCUGUCUCUCUCUCUCUCUCUCUCUCUCUCUCUCUCUCUCUCUCUCUCUCUCUCUCUCUCUCUUGCUCACUCGCUCUUUCUGCCCCCUACUUGUGGUCAAUAAGAUCUCAGUUACUCUGGCAGCACCAUGCCUGCCUAUCUGCUGCCACACUCCCUGCUGCAAUGGUCAUGAACUUACCCUCUGAAACUGUCAGUAAGCCCUCAGUUAAGUGCUCUCUUUUAUAAGAAGCCUUGGUCAUAGUGUUUCUUCACAGAAAUAAAAAAAAAAAAAAAGUAAGACAGAAGUUGGUACCAGGAACUGGAGUAUUGCUGUGAUGGGUCUAACCAUGUUUUUUGGAGAAAUAUAGAAGACUUUGGAACUUUGGACUAGAAAAACAGUUAAAUCAUAUAAAUGAAACUUAAUGGGUCAUCCUAUUAGGAGCCUGGAAAUCUGUAGUGCUGAGAGAAACGCAGACUAUGGAGGUUCAGGUCAAAAGAUUUCAGAGUGGAACAAAAUUAAUAACUGGCCUAAAGAUCAUUCUUGUGAUAUUUUGCAAAGAAUGUGGCUGCUUUCUACCCUUGUCCAAAAAAGAAUGCCAAAUGCUAAAUUGAAGAGGUUUAGAUUAAGAUCAUUGGGAGAGGAAAUUUCAAGACAAGCUAGUAUUGACUGUGUCACAUGAUUAUUAGUAAUCACUCUUAUAAUGACAUAUAAUGAAAAAAAGAGCAAGCAGGGCAAAAAGAAAUAUAAAACAUAAAACUUGAGGAGAAAAACAACCCCAAGAAAUUCAAUAUUAAAGCCAAGCCUUGUACUCGAAGAGAUGAGAAGUUUAAAGAAAGGCCUGAUGCUAAAUGUAAUAAAGGAAGUGGAAGCCCCAGGGAAAGACCCCACCCAGCUAAUCCUGCAUUCUGUGAACCAAAUAAGCUAAGAGAUUUCCUAUACCUAAAAAGCAGCUACAGAGCUUAUGCAAAUAUAACUCAAGAAAGAGGUUAGGUUCCAGCCCAAGUACACAGCAGGACUUGACAGCUUUGGGACUUAUUCUGGUUGUAGAGUCAAGAAAAAUACAGGAGUAAAAGGGUUGUGGACUCUCCCUCCUCAGUUAAGAGAAGCUACUGAGACCAGGGGUGUGACCAGAAAGUCCCUUGGGACCCAGAGAGGCCACUUCAUGAAGCUGUGGAAGUGAUUCCUAGAUUGCAUUGGAGAACCCCAGCGUGUUGGAGAUGCCCGAGCCAUGGGAUGUCUGUGGGGUAUGCUGCAUCCGGGGUGUGCAACCAGCCCAAGAGAGAGAUGUAUGUUGCAGUCAAUAAAGCUGGAAGAAGUGGGAUAUUCAAAGAGCCAUCUAAGCCAUUUGUCAUCUGAUAUAGAGCUUUCUCUGCUGGGUUUAGGUCUUGCUUAAUCCAAUACUUCCACACUAUGCCCUCUUUGCUCCCUUUUGGAAUGAUAAUGUAUAUAGUCUAUACCAUUGUAUUUUGAAAGUAUGGAAUUUGAUUUUUGUGUUUACAGAGGGUUGCAUUUAAGAGAUUGCCUUGAGUCACAGAAGAGACUUCGGACUUUUAAACAGUGUUGAGGCUGUGAAAUAACUAUAGGGACUUUAGAAAUUGGGCUGGAUACAUUUUGCUUAAUCGUAUGGCUACAAACCUAUGGGAGCUAGGGAGUGGAAUGUGGUGGUUUGAAUGAGAAUGGCCCCCAUAGCUCAUGUGUUUAAAUGUUUGGUCCCUAGGUGGUGAAACUGUUUUUGGAAGGAUUGGGAGAGUGAGAUCUUGUUGGAAGAGGUGUGUCACUGGGGGUGGGAUUUGAGGUUUCAAAAACCCAUGCCAGACCCAGUCUCUGCCUCCUGCUUGUGGAUCAGAUGCAAACUCUCAGUUACUGUUCCAGUGUCGUUUCUGACUGCCUGCUGCCAUAUUCUCUGCUAUGAUGGUGAAGGACUCACCGUCAGAAAUUUUAAGCAAGCUCCAAAUUAAAUUGUUUCUUUUAUAAGAUGCCUUGGUCAUAGUGUCUCUCUUAGUUAGGAUUACUAUUGCUGUGAAGAAACACCAUGACCAAAAGCAACUUGGGAAGGAAAUGAUUUAUUUGGCUUAUGCCAAAUCAAAGCAAAUGUAAUUCAAGGAGGGGGCCAGGUAUUAUUACACUUCCACAACAAUGAUCAUCAUUGAAGGAAAUCAGAACAGGAACUUAGGCAGGGCAGGAACCUGAAGCCAGGAGCUGAUGCAGAGGGCAUGGAGGAGUGCUACUUACUGGCUUGCUCUCCAUGGCUUGCCCAGCCUGCUUUCUUGGAGACCCAAUGACUACCAUCCCAGGAGUGGCUCCACCCACAAUGGAUGGAGCCCUCCAAAAUUAAUCACUAAUUAAGAAAAUGCUCUAUGAGCUUGUCUACAGGCCCAUUUUAGGAAGACAUGCCUCUAAGAAUUCAGUCCUCAUCUCCACAACUGUCACGAUGAUAAUUCUGCACUGUAUUUUCUAUGUUGUCACAAUGAUAACUCUGCACUGUAUUUUCCAUAUGCUUUAUGAUAAAGUAUGAGCAAGGAGGCUCCAGGCUUUGUGAGCACCUGUGUGUGAUGCUACUUCACAGUUGGGGCUGAUCAUAACUCAGAAACUUAUGAAUGUCACAAACUCUAACACCAAAAUCCUGCAAGAUCAAAAAUCUCUUAAGUCUAACAUCCUAGGAAGUCAUAAAUAUCAUCAUAUUUCAGGUAACUGUGGGUAUAAAGCUCUGUGCACACAAUUGCCAGCCAUACUGAUAUGUGUUUACACAUUUUCCUUAUUGAUUAAUGUCUUUAUGAAUAUAGCAUUCAUAAUUGGUAUACCUAUGUGAGCUUCAUGAACAUACCUGAGUCAAGUGAUAUGCAUGCAAAAAUGUGUACACUUUUGCCUAUCUUGUGAGAUAGACUAUUUUCCCAUAUUUUAUGUUCCUUCAAUAAAUACUCCUUUGAAAAAUGCAAAUAAAUGUCCUUAAAGUAAUUUUUUAAAUACCUCCUGAAUUACAUUUUAGAGAUUUAAACUUUCGUGAUUAUGACAUUCAAAACUGUGUCUUUUCUGAUAGUGAUACACACUCCUUACUGGACAUCACUUGUACAGUGUUUUCCUGCUUGGGAAAAUGGCUAUUGAUAAAAGCAGAUAGUUCUGAUGACUGGCUUAUUUUUCUGCAACAUAAGGAGAAUUUUCUUAAAGUCUCCGAGGGCCUGAGUAUCCCAGCACACUCUGCUUUCCAGUCCAGGUGAGCCUGGCACAACUCUUACGAGUUAAUGCACACUAAGAGAGGGAUCUCAUGUGGAUUAUAUCUGUCGAUAUCUAUCACAUUAGAAAGAAAAAUUGUUGAAGCUUAAGAUUCCUGCUACACCAGCGUAAGGGUGCAUGCCUAAAUUCCCAACAUUUGGAAGGUGGAGGCUUUGAUCAAGGAAGAGUUCAAGAUCACUCUCAACUACAUAAAGAAUUUGUAGGCAGCCUGGGCUAUAUGAAACAAAAAGAGAAAAGAGGGAAUUGGGGAUAAAUGAGGGGAAUUGGCUAACAGAGAAAAGAAAGGAUGAGAAAGAAGGCUAAAGGGAGUCUGGCAUUCUGCAAAAAUAUAGUUUAAGAUGGAGGUCUGCAUUUUUAGCAGCAAACACUGGCACAGAGGCUCCCUGUUCCUCCUAGUUUGUUCAGUGGUGUGGUGGUGGUGAAUUGUCUUAAAAGACUUAAGGGCAUCCUGGUCUAUACAGGUCAGCCAGAGCCACAUGGUAAGAUUCUAUCUCAAUAAAUAAAUAAAAUUAACUAGGGUAAAAACAAAACAAAACAAAAAAAAAACAUCAACUUCUGACCUCCACGUGUAGACACAUGAACACUUAUAUACAUGUACACUCACACACACACACACACACACACACACACACACACACACACAGUAAAUUCAUUAUUGAACCAUAUCAAUAAAGAAUAUAUCAAUAAUAAGUAGAAUUACUGGUUUUGUAAAUGUAGUGACAUCUACAGUGAUAAAAAGGAGAAAAUAAAAAUGGGUGACCAGGGAUAGUAUAUGAGAGCUAAGAAGGAGACCCAUAACCCUUGAGGUUGUCUGUGAAACCUUCUCAUAGGUCAGCCUCUGCCUCUUGCCAUCUAAGGAACAGACUCCAAAAUAACAUUAAUUAGUUGUGUGAGGCUCUCCCAAUUGGAAAGUAGAAUGUACUGGGAAACUCAGGUCCUCAGAGACUUAAAGAAAAUUCUCCUGAUGAGGGACCCAUGUUGCAGAAGGAGAAAAAAAGCCAGUCAUCACCCCCUACCUGCCUUUAUCAAUGUCUGUUUUCCCAAGUAGGAAAACACUACACAAAUGAUGUCCAGAAAAACGCUGGGAGAUCCAGGAUGAAAUAAAGCAGGGACUGAACCGCAGCAGGACCAAUGUGUGGGCUCAUGGCUCUAAUUAAUAUUUAUAUUUUUGCAUAGCAUUUGAAUUUAUGUAUCUACUUAAGUUCAUCUUUUUAGGUAUCUAAAUUUUUAUUAUAUGUAGUCACUUUCAGUGUUAUUUAUAAUGAUGUUUGUAUAUGUACAUAAUAUAUGAUACAUUUGUGACCUUGAAUGAAUCUGGCUUCUGAGGUUAUUAGUUUACACUUCUGUGCUUAGAUUUAGAAGUAUAACAUGUUAGUGUGUGAAUCCAUGAGGUUUGUGUACAAAAUCUGGGGAGUUUUAUAUGUAUUGUGAUAUAAAAGGAUGAGUCUGAGAGCACCAAGAUGCAAAGAUGGGCAAUUGGAGAAGGCUUUGUAUUCCACUACAUUUUUAUUCAGAGAUCUUCACUCCUCUGACUGGAUAACAGCUUUAUUUCCUGCAGCUGCCUCAAAGAGAUGAUUUUGAGUCUUCUCUACAAACGGGAGACUGUGAACUCUAUCUGAGGUAAGAUGAUAGCAAAUAAAGAGAGGCUAAUGGAAGGGGGAAAAGAAUGGAUCAGAGAAGAGACACAUUGAGAGCGAAAAAGAAAGAAAUGUACUGGAGAAGAAAAGAUAAAGGAUUUCGAGGAGGAACAGGACAGGAAAUCCCCUUGACUUGGAAUAGGAUUUUUCCCGCUCUGAAUGUGGAUCAAAUUCGGGUUCGUCUGGGGAGGAAAUGUCCACCCCAGCAAGGAUGGGAAAUAGAGAAGCAUGAAAACGCUGGAUUGUGGUGGCUACUUAUUGUAAUUCCAGUGCUCACGCCCAGUGCACACAAAGCUGAUGCAGGAGGAUCGAGGUGAAUUGGAGACCAGUUUGGAAUACAGUGAAUUCUAGGCCAUUCUGGGAUAUAAAUGAAACCUAAAACAAAAGGAAGAGUGUGAGAGAAGGCAGAACAAUCCGGAGUCAGAGCAGAAGAAUCUAAAUUCAGUGUGUACUUUCUGACUGUGGGGACAGCGCAGAGAUCAGAGACAAAAAUCCACCCAGCGCGUUCUUAGGGUGGCCAGGGUGUAACAUGGGCCUGUGCAUGAACAUCUCAGUUCAAAGGCCCUGAUAGCAUAAGAAAAAGGGAGUCCCCGGGCAGACAGGUCAUCUCUGUCCUCUUUGAAGCACACACAGUGGUGACUCUUCCCCACCCCUCCUUCCUGGCCAAAAGCUGUGGCAGAUGGACACCAACGCCUCCCUGGUGACUGAGUUCGUGUUGGUGGGCUUCUCGCGUCUGGCCCACCUGCAGGGCCUCCUCUUCUCCCUCUUCCUGGCGGUCUACCUGCUCACGGUGGCAGGCAAUCUCCUCAUCGUGGCGCUAGUCUCCACAGACGCAGCGCUGCAGUCUCCCAUGUACUUCUUCCUCCGCAUCCUCUCAGCCCUGGAGAUCUGCUACACGUCGGUCACCGUCCCCUUGCUGCUGCACCAUCUGCUCACUGGCCGGCGCCACAUCUCGCGCUCCGGCUGCGCUCUGCAGAUGUUCUUUUUCCUCUUCUUUGGUGCCACCGAGUGCUGCCUGCUGGCUGCCAUGGCCUAUGACCGCUACGCCGCUAUCUGCGAACCCCUGCGCUACCAAAUGCUGCUCAGCCGGCGGGUGUGUGUGCAGCUCGCCGGCGCCGCGUGGACCUGCGGGGCUCUUGUGGGGCUGGGGCACACCUCCUUCAUCUUCUCCUUGCCCUUCUGUGGCCCCAACGCUGUCCCUCACUUCUUCUGUGAGAUCCAACCGGUGCUGCAGUUGGUGUGUGGAGACACCUCGCUCAAUGAGCUGCAGAUUAUCCUGGCUGCCGCCCUUAUCAUCCUGUGCCCCUUUGGCCUCAUCCUUAGUUCCUACGGGAGGAUCCUGGCCACUAUCUUCCGCAUCCCAUCAGCUGCUGGUCGCCGAAAGGCCUUCUCCACCUGUUCCUCCCACCUGGUAGUGGUAUCUCUCUUCUACGGUACUGCCAUCUUUAUCUAUAUCCGUCCUAAGGCUAGCUACGACCCAGCCACGGACCCCCUGCUGUCCCUCUUCUAUGCUGUGAUCACCCCCAUCCUCAAUCCUGUCAUCUACAGCCUGAGGAAUGCGGAUGUCAAGGCCGCGCUGAAAAGAAGUAUCCAGAAAAUGGGGCCCUCGGAGAUUUGACAAAGGAGUGGAAGACUCCUGAACAGAACUCCAGGUUGCAAAUUACCAGGGAUCAAAGGAGAGGAGACCUGGUACACAGACUUACCUUUAAAGAGCUAUUGAUUUCCCCAACGCCUACUGCUCUAUUCUGACUCCUGCUGCAAAGGGUUGAUUUUUACAAGUAGAACAAUUUAACUAGGAACAAAGUUGCAGAAUAUCAACUUCCUCACCCCACCACACACACACACACACACACACACACACACACACACACACACACACACACACACCAGACUAUGGAGGUAAUAAAGUUUUCACCUGCGGAGCAAUGGUCCUGGAAGUUAUCUGGCAUUCAGACAUGGUAAGAAAGGACUUUUUUCUUGAGUUAGUAGGCUAGCACACAUAAACAUAUCCAGGGGGAAAAAAAUCUGUCCCUAGUAAAGCUCUUAAAAAGUGAAAGGAGAUCUGAAAAGAAUCAUGGAAGUUAGAUCUUAUGGACAUUAAUACAUCACAGUGGUUGAAAGAAUUGAUAUUAAAACACACUUGAAUUCAAAUAUUUUAUGUUUGCUUUUUGAGACAGAGUCUGAUAGAGCUCUGACGGGUCUCAAACUCAUUAUGUAGCCCAACCUGGCCUUAAACUCCUGAUUCUCCUGCUUCUACCACCCAAGUGUUGAGAUUGCAGGUGUGUACCACCACACCUGACUUGAAUUCAAACCCUAAUUUUUCCAACUAAUUAGCUGUGUGAUCAUAAACAAAUGAUAUAAUCUCUCUUCACUUUAAACUCUUUAUCCAUAAAGCUGAGAUGACAAGUAAGUCAAUUUCUCUGGGAGUUUGUGAGAACCCAUGCUACAUGGGUAUCUCUACAAUUAUUUUUAAUACUAAGUCAAACCGAUUGGCACAGAAAGUAGUGUCCAUCUGACAGUGUGUGCAGGGGAAGAAGGUAUUUCUGCAUCAGUGGGGUUGGUGCUAUGGAAACCCAAAGGAAGGUGGAGAAAGAUGCAACACAACAAGGCUGCAGAAAAGUGCCCCCAUCAGUAAGACAAGCCAAAAACAUCCAGGACAGUGAAGAGGAAUAGAGUAUCCAUGAAGUAUGGGAGUUUGUGGAAAGCAGAGCAAAUUAAUGAGAAGUUCUGGUGAUGCAAUUCUACCACCCCAGGGCUUGGGAGACUGAGGCAGGAGGACUAUUGCAAGUUCCAGGCCAGUCUAGGUUAUAGAAUAAAACCCUGUCUCAAAAAAUAAGUCUCCCAGAGGAUCAAGAGGACACAUUAGUUAAGAAUUCACUAAUGAUUAAAAUGCAUAAGGGAUGGUGAGAGAGAGAAAGUAAUCAGAAUUCAUUAUAUACAGGAAUGAAAUUUUCAAAGAAUAAAUUUAAUUUAAAAAAUAAAAUGUAAAGUGAAAAAUAAAAUCCACAUUUUAUUAUCCCCAACACUUAAAACUUCGCCAGCACUUCUUCAUUAUCUUCUAUGUGCAUGUUGUUCUCUUGACACUGUGGUGAAAACUGAGUGAACACAGGCGGUGAUUCUGUCCAGACAGACCUUGUUUGGAGAGAAAAUGCUGAUUCCCAUGAAACUGUCAUCCAACAAUGUGAAUUUAGGAAAUGUGGCACUCCUUGAAUCCUGUCACUCAGAAGGCAGAGAUCUGUCUGGAUCUCUGUGAGUUCAAGGCUACACUGGGCUACAAGAGAUUGAUCCAGUAUAGGAGAGAAACAACCAGGCAGUAGUGUCAAAUGCCUUUAACCCCAGGAAGUAAUAUAUGGCAGGGUAGAGAAAGGUAUAUAAGGCGUGAGAAAAUAGGAACUCACUCUCUUUAGACUGAGGAUUUUGUAGAGGUAAAAACUAGUGGCUGGCUGUUCUGCUUCUCUGAUCUUUCAGCUUUCACCCUGAUAUCUGGCUCUGAGUUUUUUAUUAAAAGACCAUCUAAGAUUCAAUCAACAGGUUUCCCCAUGCCCCCACUACAGUAUUUCCCUUCCACUCUUCCCUGCAAUCCUUAUUCCCAAACAACCUUUCAUCUGCAUUUCAUCAUUACAGAUCAGUUUGCCUUUUCUUGAGUUUAACAUUAAUGGACUUUUGGUCUAUUUUAAUACAAUAUAAUUGUUUUGAGAUUCAUCCAUGCUAUAGCGUAUAACAGCCCAUUCAUAUUCAUCUCUGAGUAGUGUCCCAUCAUGUAAGACCUCAGUUUAUUCCCCCACCUGCUGAUGCUUUUACUUCUACAUAUGAAGUGUUUGUGGGCAUUUGUAAUUAUGUCUGUACUCAUUGCAGUGGUGUAUCCAGUUGCAUACACGCAGAUUACAACAGACAUAUCACAUGAAAACAGGACUUGGUUUUGAACGGGGAAAGCCCUGGUUAAGGGUUGAGACUGGGGACUGGAAAGAUGGCUCAGCAGGUGAGAGCACCUGUCACCACGCAUGAAGAUCUGAUUUUAAUCCCCAGAAACCACAGGUAGAACCAACUCCCACAAGCUGUCUUCUGACUUCAAUAUGUGUGCUAUGGUGCGUGCUAUGUAUACCCGCAAAAAUGCACACACCUGCAAACAUAAUAAAUAAGUUUUUAAAGUUAAGACUGAAGAUUUGGAGCCAAUUACAAUAACUCAAACUUGUAAUCUCAGUAUUCAGAAUACUGAAGCAAGAGGAUUGUCUUUAAUACCAGGCCAGCUUAGGCUGUAUGAAAUCCUGUCUCUGCAAAAAAAAAUGAUAAAGGACUGAAAUCCUAGAUUAUGAGCUUCACUGCUACAAAAUUGCCAGUGACCUAGAGCAAACAUCACCUGUUACCUUUCUGGUUUUCAGUUUCAUGAAAAACAAAGAGAAGUCUGAAUUAAAUGUGCUGUGCUAGGCUAGGAAUCUACUGCUCUGGGCUUAUCCCCCUGAGGAUCCUCUACUUUCUGUAACUGGAUCUCUCACAAAGAACAAAAUCAGAAAGUGUGGUGAAUGCCCUUUCUCCACCAUCACUGCCACAGGGUCUUGAACCAAAAGAUCAGUCCUGUGCCAAAUUUAAGUAUGCCCACUUGAUUCCAUAGUCAACACCAGUCAUAAUAGGUAACAAAGUUCUAAAUUCAUUAAUUCUGGCCCUAGACAGGAAAGAAGGCCAGAAGAAAGGUUUCUGUCUCUUGUGUUCACACAGACUUUCAGCAGACAAUAGACAAAUUUAGACACAGGGAGAUGCUGCCCACCAGAUUGAAGAGAACAAGACAUCAGAUGAUAUCUCUUUUCCGAAUGCAGUGUGUUUCCCACCCUACAUCUCUCUCAUGUCUGUGAGCUGCACCUGAGCAUCCAGCCUCUAAUCUGAAAACUCCUCUGAGACAGCCGUCUCAGCUCAAUGCCUGGGUGCCUCCCCGUCCCCAGUGUAGCUCCUCAGCCUGAGUGCUGUUAGAAUGCAGCCUCCUGACAUAGGAGGUCUACAAGUUAGGCAUGAGCACUAAUCCAUCAGCUCUGUUGUCUGAUCAAGUGAGGAAUACUCCUCCCAAAGACUCAUGAAAAUCCUUCCCUUUUUAUCACAGAUCAUGUUUUACUUUAAGCUGUUCAGAAGAUUCAUUGCUUAAACCAUUAACUUGGAAGAAAGAUCUGGAAAACAAGCAUAACAAGAAUUUGAUCACAGACGGCCCCCCAAAAAAAAGAAUAGCUAGAGAUGAAAUGAAAGCAGAAAGGGUUUUUGCAAAGUUAGAACUGAACCAAGUCCGAAUCUGCCCAUGCCCCCAUUGUACCCAGUGAACAGGAUAACUGUGGCAGAGAGGCCUCAGGUCCCUUCAUUAUUUCCCAAGGCUCAUUUUGAGCUUUACUAAUGACCUACAAGGAGGAUAGACAGUUUGAAUAAUUGCCCUGCAGUGAGACAGGUCAUCUCUUCAACAGUUUGCACAUACUCCAACAGUAUAAUCACUUUUUAUGUGGAGCAAAGUGGGAGCCUGUGAUAGUUAAAUCAAUGCUAUUGACCUGUCAGGAUAGCACCAACAUCAGCACCAGAGAAUUUAUACAUAAAAAUUAUCAGGUUAAUCAAUAAUUCUAUGAGUACAACUCAUAAAACUCUGAUGAUUACUGCUCUAAGCUUCAGUGAGCUCAAGAGAAUAUUGCUAUGUUUCAGGAUUUGAGAGCCAGCCUUCCAGAACUGCAAAAGGUGUCGUUGCAUUAUUUAGACACAUGGUGGCAGCACGCGUCUACUAUACUGACGUCCAGAGAUGCAUUCUGUGAUGGUUUGUUUGUUUGUUUGUUUGUGACGGUAUUUAAAAAGGAGGAGGAUUCUGCUCAGAAAUUGUUGGACUCUUGAAAAUUCAGGUAAAAGUUUUUUUAAACAGUAACUUUAAAUGCAUCCCAAAGACAGCACAACAAAGUGAUUUUGGUCCAAAUCAGUCAUCUAAGAACAAGCCCUCCCUACCAACCACAUGUUUAACAAUGGCUCUUCCUCCUUCCAGUGGUUAAGCAAGUCACUGCAUUCAUGGAACAAACACUAUAGCAGGAGCCCAUUGGACCAUGGGAAGAAUUGCAUUUGCAGGAAAACUGACUCCAGAUGAAAGGCUGAAAGAUUGACAAUUCACUCGGGCCUUACCACCACCUGAGCUCCCUCCACUGAAACUCAUUAAGCUCUGAUGAAGAAGGCAAGGCCCUUACCACCCUCUCCUCCACCAUCACUCUUUCCUGUUUCUUGUCUGCCUAGGUCCCACAGAAGACAAGAGAUGCUUCUGGUUUUGUUUUAAUUUUCUAAUCACUCAGACGUUUUAAAUGAGCAAAACAUUCUGUUCCAGGUUGGUAUACAUAGGAGCUGAGAUUUAUUUCAGGUAAAAAGACAGUUUAAUAACAUCUAACAUCGGCCACCACAAUAGAGGUUUGUUCUGAAUACCAACCAAAGAAAGUUCUUUACUAUAGGUUAACCUCUAGGUUUCUAGAGAGGGUGGGUAAUCUAAGGUAAUAUAUGGCUUUGCUACAAGCUCAUAUAUUAUUUGAGUUACUAUAUGCCAGAAGUCAGGGAGGCAGAGAAAAUAAGGACCAGGGCUAUAACUCAAGGCUACCUGGGGUUCAUAAAGCAGGGGUAGCAGCACUUGCUGAAGAGGAAUGAUAGAGAGAAGGAGGCCUGACGCUGCAGGAAACUGUGACUAGAUCACUCCAAUAUUGCCAAAUCUGGUCUCUAUUUUCCUUUCAGUUUCUUUUAUACACAUACAAUGUACUUUGAAUUCAUUCCCUUCCAUUAUCCUCUCUUAUCCACCCCUCUUACCAAAUCCCUUUUCUCCUUGUUUCAGGUCUUUUUAUUUAAUGUAUAUGAGCAUUUUGUCUGCAUGUAUGUCUGUGCAUCACAUGCUUGCCUCAUGCUUACAGAGACCAGGAGAAGGUAUCAGAUCCCCUAGGACUGGAGUUACAGACAGUUGCGAGCCAUCAUUUGGGUACUGGGAAUCAAACCCAGGUCCUCUGGAAGAGCAGCCAGUGCUCUUAACUGCUGAGCCAUCUCUCCAGCCCUCAUGUCUUUUUCCCAUGUACAUCCUUCAUCACACUUGACUAAGAUCACUUGCAUGAACAUAGGGAGGGACUUAUUACUUGAAUAAGGACAACUUACCAGUGGCUACAACACUAUGGAAUAUGACUUCCCUCCCCUGUCAACCAUUAGCUGCUUAUAACUCCUCAGGGUGGGGUAGUGUCUCAUGAGCCUCUCCUCCAUUCAUCAUGGAAUGUUAAUAGGCCCAGUCUUCUGCAGGUCUUGUUCAAGUAACCACCACAGCUGUGACUUUGGGAGUGCAGCAGCCAUGUGAUGUCCAGAAAAGAAAAUUUCAGUUUCUUCCCCAUUCUCUGACUCUUGGAUUCUCUCUAUCCCUGCAAUGUUACUGAGCAUUAGAGAAAGCAAAUCUAGUCUCUCAAAGCUGCAGCAUCUUACAAUGUCAGGCCCAUGAUCUAGUACCAAAUCUCAUCACCUUCCACUCACAGAAAGGGCAAAGUACAAAUAGAAUUAAAUCCUCAUGCUCUUUAUCACGGGUGUCCACAAUAUCCAGGAUUCUUAACUGAAAGUUGAAGGUUUGGAAAAUGACAGAAAACAAGCUUCCUGUGCUGAGUCAUUAUUAGGGCCCUGUCUGCAUUCUUAAUCAUAGAUUUUUAUCAUCCUCUGUACUAAUGGUUAGACCUCAGAUAUGUUUCCUAUCACUUUUACCUGCUUUCUCUCUUCUUACUGUCUAACUCUCCCACAAGUUCCAAGGUUUUGGAUCCCAGGCAAGGCUCUUACCACAUAUGAUUUGUUCUCUUUCCUCAAGGCCUGCCAGCCAGAAAUGUUAGCUCGACUGGACAAUAUGCCUAUCUUAUCAUUCUCCCCUUAUCCACUUUUUUCCUGCCAAAUCAGAGGCCAAAUGUGGAACAGAACAUCUACAUGUGUUUUUCACAUUAUAGCUCAUAUUGGUAGGUUCUUCUUAGAUAGACAGGUCAACCUCAGUUGCUAGUCUUAACAACCACAGUAGACCCUAACCAACAGCUGUCAUAGCCUGACUACAAUCCUGACCCAUAUUUGUUACUUUCGGGGAUGGUAACUUUGGUGGUUUAAAGAAGAAUGGCCCCUAUAAGCUCAGAUACUUUAGUCUCCAGGUGGUAGAACUACUUGGGAAGGGUCAGGAGGUGUGGCCUCAUUGAAGGUGUGUCACUGGGGGUGGGCUUCGAGGUUUCUAAAGCCCAUGCCAUUUCCAGUUCCUCCCCCUCUGAGGAUAUAAGCUCUCAGCUACUGUUCAAGUGCCAUGCCUGCCUGCCUGCUGCCAUGACCCCUGCCAUGAUGGUCAUGGACUCUAAUCCUCUGGGACUGAGAGCCACCAAAAAACUCUU